GACACCUGUGGAAGGGGCUUGCAGAGGGGGAGAAAAGCCCAGGCAAGGUUAGCAUCUCCUCAUUGACCUUCCUUUGUUGGACAGGGAAUGGGGUGUUUUGGGUACUGGACAGAGAGAAUUACUUCUUCCUGGUUGUUCCUGUUUUAAGGUGGGUCAGUAAAGCUCUAGUAGGUUUUGCAUUGUCUGACACCAGCUGACACCUGGACCAGUGGUGGAGACACAUCAUGUGUCAGGCGGAAUCCGAGUGGUUGAAGGAUGCCCCUGGGAGAUCUUGAUAGGCACCGAAGGCCUCAAACUUUUGUAGGCGUGAAAAGUGAAGAAAUUAGAAUUGAUUCUGAAAACUCCUUCAAAGAAACUUGGUUCCAGCUUCCAAACGGCUGAAAAAAAAAUCUUCUAUACUUGUACCUGGAAGGUGAGGGCAGCAGGGCAGAAACGCUUCCCCUGCGAUUCACAGUUUGGAGUUGGUGGCUAUGAUCUGCUAGUAAUGGAAAGUCAUGAAAGAGACUUGGCUGUUGUCUGUUUUUAUGUGGUGACCUAAAGUCCCAGAGGAUGACCUAGCACUUAAAAAUCAAACUGGGCCAAGUUAAAGGCCAAGCUGACUUGAAGGAACCCUAGUGGUGGGACCAGGUCAGAAGUAAAGCAAAUCCCAAACUGAGUGUAUCUGGUCAAGGAUAUAUUCUUUUUAAGAGACAUUGUGUUACUGGAGCCAGGCCUGGAUCUUUUAGCAUCCAACUGAGCUGGAAGCAGCUCAUAGUAAUUUUUUGUUUUGUUUUUUUAUUCAUGUUUGUACAAUCUUCUGGAUAUUUUUUUUCAAGAAGGAGUAAAAGGGAGUGUUGGAAACUAACAAACAGGAUUAAAACCCUGAGCGCUUAAGGAAAACAGGUUAAGGAACUUAAUCCAGGAUGGAUAUGCAGGAGCCACAGCAGUUGGGUAUGUUUGCAGAGAGUGAGCUGAUGUCUGUGGGGAUGGACACUUUUAUCCAUCGCAUCGACUCCACGGAGGUCAUCUACCAGCCACGGCGGAAAAGGGCCAAGCUCAUUGGCAAAUACCUAAUGGGAGACUUACUUGGAGAAGGGUCUUAUGGCAAAGUCAAGGAGAUGUUGGACUCUGAAACCCUCUGUAGGAGAGCUGUCAAAAUACUGAAGAAGAAGAAGCUACGCAGAAUUCCCAAUGGGGAGGCAAAUGUGAAAAAGGAAAUUCAGCUGCUGCGACGAUUACGGCACAAAAAUGUCAUCCAGUUGGUAGAUGUGUUAUAUAAUGAAGAAAAGCAGAAAAUGUAUAUGGUGAUGGAGUACUGUGUGUGUGGGAUGCAGGAAAUGCUGGACAGUGUCCCAGAAAAGAGAUUUCCAGUUUUUCAGGCUCACGGGUACUUUUGUCAGCUUAUAGAUGGCUUGGAAUAUUUGCACAGCCAAGGGAUUGUCCAUAAGGAUAUAAAACCGGGGAACCUCCUGCUAACAACCAAUGGGACACUAAAAAUAUCUGAUUUAGGCGUAGCAGAGGCAUUGCAUCCGUUUGCAGAGGAUGACACGUGCAGAACGAGCCAAGGGUCGCCAGCAUUCCAGCCACCAGAAAUUGCCAAUGGCCUUGAUACCUUUUCAGGCUUUAAAGUAGACAUCUGGUCAGCAGGGGUCACACUAUACAACAUUACAACGGGUCUUUACCCCUUUGAAGGGGAUAAUAUCUAUAAGUUAUUUGAAAACAUCGGGAAAGGUGACUACACAAUUCCAGAGGAUUGUGGUCCUCCACUCUCAGACUUACUGAGAGGGAUGCUUGAAUACGACCCAGCCAAGAGAUUUUCAAUACAGCAGAUAAGGCAGCACAAUUGGUUUCGUAAGAAACAUGCUCAGGCAGAGGCUCUGGUCCCCAUACCUCCCAGCCCGGAGACAAAGGACAGGUGGAGGAGUAUGACGGCGGUGCCUUAUCUGGAAGAUCUGCAUGGCUACAAUGAGGAAGAAGAUGAUGACCUGUAUGACAUUGAAGAUGAUAUCAUCUACACUCAGGACUUUACAGUACCAGGACAGGUGCCUGAGGAGGAGGCAGGGCAGAACGGGCAGAGCCGCAGCAAAGGGCUGCCCAAGGCCGUGUGCAUGAACGGAACGGAGACGGGACAGCUGAGCACCAAAUCGAAGGCAGAGCGGCGAGCAAGCGCCUCUUCCAACCCCUCCCGCAAGGCCUGCUCUGCCAGCAGCAAGAUCCGCAAACUCUCCACCUGCAAGCAGCAGUGAGGCGGGAGUGCUCGCGCUCGUCACAGUGUGUCCCAGGGCCCGGGCCAGCCUGCAUCCCACAUCCUCGCCCCAUCUCUGUGUCUCUCCUGGGAGCGGACUAUGCUUGCAAUCCAAAAAGAAAACAAAGGAAACCAACCAAGGAAAAUGCCCCCCACCUCCCCUGCUGCCCCCUCGCUACGGACAGCACCAGGAAUCAGAAGCUGAUGGUGGCGAGACCCUACUUACCACCUUGGAAGAAGAAAUCUCUAGCUGCGAAGAUGCUGCCCCUCCUCCCCCCAAUCACUCUUUGCCAAUCAAGACACUGAUUCUGUUUUUAAUUUUGCGAUCGGAAGGGUGGGAUGAGCAGGGUCGGGGUGCGAUGGGAUCGACACCCCUCUCCCCGCCGGGGGUCCUGCCAUGCCCACCCUGGCUGUGUAGAAGUCGUGCAAAGCCAUUGCCGUGCACUUUAUGUUUUAGACUACUGUUAUAUAUUAUAUAUUUUCCUCUUUUUUGUUUAUAUUUGCGGUAUAUUUAGAGAUUCCUACACAUCGUGAUGUGUUUAAAAUAAACCAGAUGAGGAAAAAAAAAACAGGUAUUAAGACAAAGCAAAACUCUAUUAAACCUGCAUGCUGUAAAAGGGCUCAGAAAAGGGAAUGGGUGCGUUCAUAGUCUUUUUUUUUCUUUUUCUUUUUUCUUUUUUUUUCUUUUUUUUAAGAAAAAAAAAUAAAGUGAAAACAGAGGUGGAUUUCAUGUCCUUCCUCCUGCAACAAGAGGGUAAGGGGGGAAGCAAUAUAGGUCUUGGACCAGCCUAUCUGACUGGGGCUGCACUCCUCAUGGGUGGAUGUGGGCCAUCAGCCAGCCAAAACUUGCUCUUUUUUGAGCAGGUGUAGGCUGUGGGGGUGAUGCCCGGGGGGCAGCAGCACCUUACCUGUGGGUCUUGACUACUCGUCUCUCUGGGAGGAAGGAAAGGACGGUCCCCCCCACCCCAGGACGCCCGGGCAGGGGGACCGAGGUGGGGAGGCAAGAACCAAGCUCAGAAAAGUCACAGGUUUGGUUUUCUUGUUUUGUUUGUUUAGUUUUUAUCUCCUUUGUUUAUAGACAUAAAAAGGCUGAGUUGUAGUUUGAGUUACUGCUUUGCCCAGAGACUUUGCAGAGGGGAAGGAGCAACCUGGCCUCUUUACUCACAUGCAAUUGGGUCACCAGGGAGGGGAUGCGGGCAGGUCCGUGGUGUGGAGGGGGGCCCUCGGCCAGGCCCUACCUGCCCCGCGUGCCUCUUCCCACUGCCGAGUCUCCCAUCCCUUGGAGUGAAUAAAACCCAAAUAAAAACCUAACCCCCUCCCCCAGAGCAGCAGCACCAUCCACCUCUGUAAAAAUCAAUAAAUAUCCACCGAAUGCAUCAAGCCCAGUGCUGAGCUCUCGGGGAGGGCAGGGGUGAGGCGAGGAGCACCUCCGGGCUCGCGGAUUGCAUGCACGCGCCUGCCCAACCCGCGCUCACCUCUCGUCCUGCAUCCCCGCGCACCCGGGGCAGGAGGGCAGCGCCAGGUGCU